UUCAAAUGAAUGACGAAUGGGUAAGCAAAAGAUACGAUAUUAUAUCGAGUUGAACUUGGACAAUGGAAGAAGACAGGAUUUUAUUUCCAUUGUGUUUAGAUUACAGUUGUAAAACGUAGAGGCAUUAUUAGCUUUGCUAGUGUUAUCGUGAGUGUCCACAUACCAACUUCUUUAAUUAAGACGAAAAAGUGAAAUAAAAAAAUUGAUAACUUGUCCUGUUAUCUGUUAUUAUAUUACUCAACGUGUCGCUGCUGAACUUUGUACUGUCGAAGAGAAUUUUGUGACUGCUGUAAUUGAUUACAUUUCUUUGUUAUUCUGUUAAUAAUAAUAUAAUGCAAUCAAAAAUGCUUCGAAUUCAACGUAAUUAUUUGGUCGUAUGCUAUCGAACUAAAACUACACGGCCGACAAGUGGUGAUGAAUACCAAUAUCUACAACGGACCAGAAUUCCGAUGCUCCACUUUCAAGCAUCGCUGCCUAGGCUUCCUAUUCCAAAGCUAGAAAAAACUUGCGAGCGCUAUCUUGUAGCUCAAAAACCGUUAUUAAUAGAAGAGGCCUUCCAAAAAACUAAAGAUAACGUAAAUCGCUUUUCAGCGACUAUGGGUCCUAAGCUUCAACAACUUUUGAAAGAGAAAGAUUCAAAAAAUAAGCAUACUAGCUAUAUUUCUGAACCUUGGUUCGACAUGUAUCUUCGAGACCGGGUUCCGCUGCCUAUAAAUUACAACCCACUGCUGUUAAUGAACCCUGACCCAAGGCCAGCUUAUAAUGAUCAGUUAAUUCGAACAACCAACUUAGUGAUAAGCUCCUUGCGCUUCAUGAAAUCGCUCCGUGCGCAAUUGCUCGAACCAGAAGUCUUCCAUCUUAAUCCUGCCAAAAGUGAUACACAUACGUUCCGAACAAUAACUUCACUAGCACCCUCAAUCAUAUCGACAUAUGUUGCCUAUGCAUUCAAGGCCUUUCCGUUAGAUAUGAGUCAAUAUGGAGGAUUGUUUGGUGCCACCAGAAUUCCCGAAACAGGAAAAGAUAGAAUUUAUAGAAACGAAAAGUCGAGACAUUUAUUGGUAGUUCGAAACGGACAUUUGUACUCCGUGGAAGUUCUCGAUGAAGAAGGUAACAUAGAGCAACCUGGAACUUUGCUUGCCCGUUUCAAACGUGUUCUAGCAGACAGUCGACCUAUCGCAGAAAGUCCUCUCGGUAUACUGACAACGGAAAAUCGUGACUCGUGGGCUAAAAUUAGGUACCACCUCAGUGAGAUUGGUAAUGAGAAAGCACUGCGUGAAAUCGAUUCUGCACUAUUCUGCUUAUGCCUGGACAGCGAUGCAUUUGAUCCCGAGCAGCCGAUACCUGCAAUUCGAAAUUUUCUUUUUGGAGAUGGGACUAACCGUUGGUUUGACAAAUCAUUUUCACUGAUCGUCUCGAAGGACGGAACGACUGGUAUAAACUUUGAACACUCCUGGGGGGAUGGUGUCGCUGUUUUGCGGUACUUUCAAGAGAUCUACAAAGAAACCAUCAAUGCCCCAUUUGUUCAUCCUGACACACAACCGAGUGAUCCCAGCAUAAGUGAGAACGUUGUCAAGGCGAUCGAGAUCGUGUUAGACGACAGAACUAGGAACGGAGUCUUAGCAGCCCAAAACCAUCAUAAUACAAUAACUGAUUCGUUGGAUAUGAAUUACCUUAAAUAUGAUGGUAUCAACAAAAAUGUUUGCAAAAAGCAAAAAAUCAGCCCAGAUUCAGUAAUGCAGCUAGGAUUUCAGUUGGCUUUCUUCAAACAACAUAGCAAAUUCGUAGCGACCUAUGAAUCUUGCAGUACUGCCGCUUUUCGCCAUGGUAGAACAGAAACCAUGCGGCCUUGCACGGUAGCAACAAAAGAAUUUUGCGAGACCAUUGAACGGAAACAGAAUCCAGCAUCACCGACUGAACUGCGUGCGAUCAUGGACAAAUGCUCUAGUCUACAUGGACAACUCACCAAAGAGGCAGCGAUGGGACAAGGCUUUGAUAGGCACUUGUUCGGUUUGCGACACACAGCAGAAAUUAAUGACAUUCCCCUGCCGUGCAUUUUUGAUGAUCCAUCGUAUGCGGCAAUAAAUCAAAACAUACUAUCUACUAGCACGUUGUCUUCGCCGGCUUUGCUUGCUGGCGGAUUCGGGCCAGUAGUUAAAGACGGCUACGGUAUCGGUUACAAUAUACAGGAAGGAUUUUUGGGGAGUGUAGUUACGAGCUACAAAUCGCAUCGAGAUGGAAAAGAAUUCAUCAAUUGUUUAAAAAGUGCCUUCGAGGAUAUAGCCUCUGUACUAAAGAACUCGAAGCCGUUAGUGAAAUAGGACAACCGAUAUUGUUUCGCUGUUCAAAAUAGUUACUAUGUUGUUAAAAUUUAUAAAUCACGGUUUUGUUGGAACUGGUCAAGGUGUAUUUUUGUAUUUGAAAUAUAUAACGCAUCGUGGGCACAUUUAUUUUUUACAUGUUUUCAAUAAAACUAUGCAAAGCUAGGAA